AUGAGGCUGAUCCCCCUUAUAUAUCAACUUGCCACACUCCUUCUUGUCCAUGCUCAAAAUGCUUGCAUCGGACGAUCCACAUUCAGGAGUCCAGCUAACUCAGACAUCCAGGUCCUCUGUGGCUCUCGAACAGUGGACCUUCAAAUCUUGUUGUGUCCCAUCUAUUUCAAUGGAUAUAAUGAGUCCCUGCUGGCCCUCAACUCAGAGCACACCAAACAGCAGUGUAAAGGGACUCCUGACUGGACGGCCGACCCACCUGUUGUCAAAUUCAACUUCUCCAUCACAGAGGAUGCAAUCACUGCCUGCUCCAGCAAGCUGACAGUCAGUCAGGAGGUGGGAACUGGACUGUUUGCAGACUUCUCCAAUGUCCAGCACAUCAACAUCUCAGGCAGUGUCUGCUCGAAGGACCCCGGCACAGGAGCCAUUACCUAUCACCAAGAGGUGAUGUACAGGUUCUCCUGCCGCUACCCUCUUCAGUACCUGGUCAACAAUACUCAGAUGAGCGUGUCUGGGGUCAGUCUGGCAGUCAAAGACAAUAAUGGGAGUUUCAUCAGCACGCUGAGCAUGCGAAUGUAUUCGGACAAUAACUACUCCUUCGAUCUACGGAUCCCCCCGGGAGGCCUUGAGCUAAAGACCAGGAUCUUUGUAGAAGUGAAGGCGUCCAACCUCACCAACAGAUUCAACGUGCUCCUGGACCGAUGUUAUGCCACGACCUCACCUUUCCCCAUCAACACCGCAUUUCACAAUCUCUUUGUCGGGUGUGACCGAGAUGGCCAGACAGUAAUGGGAGUCAACGGGCAGCAGCAGGAAGCUCGCUUCUCCUUCGAGGCUUUCCGCUUUGUCCAAAGCACAGAGGAGACUUUCUCCACUUACUAUGUGCACUGUGCCACCCGGCUUUGUAUGAACUCCUUCUGCCACAAUCUGAUUCAGAACUGCACCAGCGGCACCAACUCAAGAACGCGCCGCAGCAUCAGCGACAACCAGGGCACCAUAGUGAGUGACAUGGCCACCAUCAGUUCAGGCCCCAUCACCACCCGCUCAGAUAACGGUGAGAACCUGAAUGACUAUUUGCUGGCAUCUGGAGUUCUUUCCUUCCCAGGAACUCUGCAGACUCAUAUGAACAGCACCAUGCUGGCUGUUUCAGUCGUAGCGGGUGUUGUCGGAGCCAUCUGCCUUACUCUGGCGGUUUUCAUUGUUUACCAUUUGUACAAGUCCAAAAUCAUUUCCAGAGAGACAAUUCUGUGCCCACAGGAGUGACAAUGGGGGAAGACAGCUUGAAAAGGAUUGUGCCGUAUUUCAUUCAUUCAUACACGAGUACAACAGAGUACAAUACUGUAAAUGAGUGAGAGCAAAAGUCGGAGGUCAUUCAAUAACCUGACUUUUGCAUUGUUGGUAUUAUCAUAUACAACAGCUUUCUUGAAACAAGCAUAAAAUAGGAAGAAUUCAGAUAGAUGUAUCUUCUAAUCUAAUCUUCAUUUACUUUAAACGAAAAAAAAUCUGUAAACACGGCAAACGAAAGUCAUUUUAACAGUUGGGUAUGUUUUAGUGAUAUUAGGUUAAUCAUCUCCUCACAAUUCAGAAAGAGACAACUGCACUGACAAUACAAUA